UAAAUUAGUUGCCUGCCGUGUUGGAUCGACCAGAAACUAAUAAGGUUUUUCUCCAACCCCGAUCUUUACGCAAAAGCUAUCUAUGAUCUUAUUCUUAUGUAUGUUGUUGUUGCUUUUGUUCUAGAUCUGCAAGUUUCCAUUCCAAAACCAAACAACGCUUUCCAUUUUCAUUUCUCUUUGAAUUUAAGGAACCUUUACUGAAACACUUGUGUCUUUCACCGUUUUAGAAAGCCGCAAUUUUAUUUUAUUUUGGAAAGGUUAUUGUUUGCAUACCCAAGAAGAAAGAUUUGAUCUUUAGCAUGUGAGUAAUAAUGGGUUCUGAAAAUUUAUCACAAUCUUCCUCUGGGCACGUUGAAAUGUCAAUCUCAGGGCUUCAUGAAAAGCACAAAAUGGAGCUAGAAAAUUUGACUCUAACAACACAACCUUUCAAAACAUUGAAAUACUCCACAUUGGCUGUUAUUCAGUACAUAAAGAAAACAAUGUUGUAUUUAUUGGCAAAAGGAGGGUGGCUUAUGCUUUUCAGUGUUGCGGUAGGGACUCUCGGCGUAGUGCUUAUGACCCUUGGUUGCCUUCAUGAGAAGCAUCUUGAGGAGUUUCUUGAAUAUUUCCGCUUUGGACUCUGGUGGGUGGCCCUUGGGGUUGCAUCUUCAAUUGGUCUCGGAUCUGGUUUGCACACAUUUGUCCUAUAUUUGGGUCCCCACAUAGCAUUGUUUACAAUUAAAGCAAUGCAAUGUGGCCGAGUUGAUUUGAAAAGUGCUCCAUAUGAUACAAUACAGUUAAACAGAGGUCCUUCAUGGCUUGAUAAAAAUUGUUCUCAGUUUGGGCCACCUUUAUUCCAGUCAGAAUAUGGUACACGAGUUCCACUUAGCAGCAUUUUGCCUCAAGUUCAGAUGGAGGCUGUUCUAUGGGGUUUGGGAACGGCUAUAGGGGAGCUUCCUCCUUACUUUAUCUCCAGGGCAGCACGUUUGUCUGGGAGCAGAAUGGAUGCCAUGGAAGAGUUAGAUAGUGAAGAUAAAGGAGUCUUGAAUCAAAUCAAGUGCUGGUUUUUUUCACACACUCAGCAUUUGAAUUUCUUCACCAUUCUAGUGCUUGCUUCGGUGCCAAAUCCUCUAUUUGAUCUUGCUGGCAUCAUGUGCGGACAAUUUGGUAUUCCUUUUUGGAAUUUCUUUCUUGCAACCUUGAUUGGAAAGGCAAUUAUUAAAACUCACAUACAGACGGUAUUCAUCAUCUCAGUUUGCAAUAAUCAACUUCUCGACUGGAUAGAGAAUGAAUUUAUCUGGGUUCUCAGCCAUAUACCCGGUUUUGCAUCCGUCUUGCCUAAACUCACUGCUAAUCUCCAUGCAAUGAAAGAUAAGUAUCUGAAAGCACCCCAUCCAGUUUCCCCAAAUUCUUCAGGGGAAAAAGUGGGAUUUCUCUUUUACUUCAAUCUGGAAUACUGUGGUGUGGCUCAUGCUCAUGAACUUCUUUAUCAAGAUAGUGAAUUCAACUGCACAGACACAUUUGAAGAAACAGCAGGAAAGCGAGGUAGCUGCAUUAACCAAAAAAUCAGAUUCAGAUACACAAUGAAAUGCUUUGAUUAUUAUUUUUGCGGUUCAUCCUGCAAGAUCGAAGUUGAAAUUCAAAUUUCAGCUAUUCCUGAAGCCUCCUAUGGAAGUUACUCCAUAAAAUCUUCUCUAGUAGUGAAUACACAGAGUAGGUAACAAAAGUUGCCACUUUUAUUUCAAGAGUGUAACUUGGGGGCAACCAUUGUUUGGAUAUCAGAUUUAUAGAUUUUAAUUUAACCUCACAUAUAUUAGCUACUAUCACAUUUUGGAAUCAUGGGAUUCCUACAAUUCUUUUGCAAUGGAAAGCAGAUUAUUAUAUACUAAAAAUUGUGCUCUCUCAUUUAACAACAACAUUCAGAACUAUCCUUUA